UUCCCUAGCAGCACCAAAACAAUUUUAAAAAGCGGACCUUUGUUGUCUUACACUUCUCUUUUGGGAUAUGCGUAUUUUAUCGAAUCAAUGCCUUUACGAGUGUAAUUUUACGUUACACCGAUAUUUGUUUAAUCUGAGAGCGGAACAGCUUAGUUCACAUUGUACUGGGGACCGGAAGCAAAGCUGGUAAACAAAGUCGUCGCUGGAAACGGGUGCGUUAACGGCGUAGAAAAUGUUCAAGAACACCUUUCAAAGCGGGUUUUUAUCUAUAUUGUACAGCAUCGGAAGCAAACCGCUUCAAAUAUGGGACAAAAAAGUGAGAAACGGUCACAUCAAAAGAGUCGCUGACAAUGACAUCCAUUCAAACGUGCUGGAGAUUGAGGGAACAAACGUCAGCACCACCUACAUAACAUGUCCUGCUGAUCCCAAGAACACGCUCGGGAUCAAGCUUCCCUUUUUGGUGAUGAUUAUUAAGAACCUGAGGAAAUACUUCACUUUUGAAGUCCAGGUGCUGGACGAUAAAAACGUCAGGCGACGGUUUCGGGCGAGCAACUAUCAGAGCACAACGCGGGUGAAGCCGUUCAUCUGCACCAUGCCGAUGAGGCUGGACGACGGCUGGAACCAGAUUCAGUUCAACCUGUCGGACUUCACCAGGAGAGCAUACGGGACCAAUUACACAGAGACGCUGCGCGUACAGAUUCAUGCAAACUGUCGCAUCAGGAGGGUUUAUUUUUCAGACAGACUCUACUCUGAGGACGAGCUCCCUGCAGAGUUUAAACUCUAUCUGCCUGUCCAGAACCAGAAGGCCAAGCAAUAAAACCUGCUGCAGCUGUUGGAGGGGAGAUUUAUUUCGUCUGGAUGUAUUUGGGAACACGGUGUGUGCCGAGUGCUCUGUUGUGAUCCUGUCUGUAUUAAAGCUUUUUAUGCAGCUA